ACCGGCAUUCUGGAGUAUGAUCUGGCAGUACGAUAUCAGGGUUGUUGUUAUGCUAACAGCUGUACUCGAGUCAUGUGGGAUAAAGUGUAACACCUACUGGCCUGACAUUUUAGGAGAUACGAGAAAAUACAAUGAUAUAAGCAUUCAACUCCUAGAUAUAGCGGAGGCUCCGACAUACGUUGUUCGAAAGUUUGAUUUGGGAAACAGAAAUUCAUCAAACACGCGGCCGAUAGUUCAUAUUCAAUAUACACAGUGGCCGGACAGGUAAAAAAGCAGUGGACAGGCAGGAGACAGGCAGGAGACAGACAGGAGACA